AUGGCUCGCCGUCCCGCCCGCUGCUACCGCUACUGCAAGAACAAGCCUUACCCCAAGUCCCGGUUCAACCGUGGUGUUCCCGACCCUAAGAUUCGUAUCUUCGAUCUCGGUCGUAAGAAGGCUAACGUCGACGACUUCCCCACCUGUGUCCACCUGGUCUCCAACGAGUAUGAGCAGCUGUCCUCCGAGGCUCUCGAAGCCGCUCGUAUCUGUGCCAACAAGUACCUCGUGAAGAUCACCGGUAAGGAAGGUUUCCACCUGCGCGUCCGUGUGCACCCCUUCCACGUCGUCCGUAUCAACAAGAUGUUGUCGUGUGCCGGAGCCGAUCGUCUCCAGACUGGUAUGCGUGGUGCCUUCGGUAAGCCCCAGGGUUCCGUCGCCCGUGUGAACAUUGGCCAGAUCAUUCUGUCUGUCCGCACUCGUGACUCCAACCGUGCCGCUGCUAUUGAGGCUCUCCGUCGCUCCAUGUACAAGUUCCCCGGUCGCCAAAAGAUCAUUGUCUCCAAGAAGUGGGGCUUCACUCCCGUCAACCGCGAGGAGUACGUCCAGCUCCGCCAGGAGGGCAAGCUCCGCCAGGACGGUGCCUACGUGCAGUUCCUGCGCGGCCAUGGUCUGGUCGAGGAGAACAUGAAGCGUUUCCCCGAGGCCUACGAGAACCUGUCUCAGGCUUAG